AUGAUCUUGUUUCUUCAGAUCAUCUGUUCCUGCUCAAUGGUGUUCACAACAGGACAGUGAGCGCCAGUGAGGACUCCACAGUGGAGAUGGUGUGUCAGUCGGACACGUGGACACCAACUCCCAUCAUCAGUGUGGUUGAUGGCGACCGUCUGCUCGCUAGCAGGUCCAGUAAUGAGAUGCAGAGUAGACAGUUAAGAUAUAUUAUUAAGAAAACUCGAUGUGAAGACACAGGUGACUACAGGUGUGAGUUUGCUAACACAACAGGAGUAUUCUACACUGAGACGGUCAGACUACUUGUUCCUUGUGCUCCGAGAAAGAAAACAGAUGAAGGUUACUCUCCCUUUGUAGUCAAUAGCGAUAGCAACGGUCAUGUAAGUUUUGAGAUGAUAGCAUAUCCAAUACCAAACGUCAAGACAUACAAACUCAAACUCAACUCCAUUGAGCCAAUUAAAGACAGAAUGCAAACAUCGUGUGCUGCCGAAAGCAUGAAAUUUGCAUCCAUCAUCUGUAACAUCACUGUCAUCAAUGUGACAAACGCUGAUGACGGCGCUCAGUUCAUGGUUGUUUUCAGCAAUGAUUUGGGUGAACUACCUUUCACUUUCAGGAUCGGACUGAAUGGUAAGUUACUUACAAAUAAUAAAUACUCGUGAGAUGUU